CACUGGCCACUGUCACCAACCAUGUCAGUAUUUUGUGUUUCCCUUCCUCUGACAAUGCGCAUGGGGGCUCAUGUGCGAACGAACCCAGUAUUUGGUUCUUAUCGUGGAACUCAUAGUUGGGACAGUGUAAUCAAUACCAGCCGGGCUCGCUCCUUCGUCACACUUGCGGCGUCACCCAGGUCUUUAUCCUAUGCAACCAACACAAAGUUACGCUUUGUUCAUACUGGUUCUCAACCGCAACCAUCAUAUCCUGGUCACAUACCGCUCACCCCGUUCGAAAGCGGACUUCUCGCAGUCGGCUCUGCAGUCAUGUGUCUGAUAGAUACUCGUCGAGGGGAUAUGGUUGCAGCCUGUGGAGAAACCACUGGCGGACCAAUUUUGAUCAAACUGCGGGACAUAAUGUUGGAGUCUCCAGAGGGUCGACGGAUUCUCAAAGAAAGGCCACGUAUCAACUCACAAACCUUGGACUUAGAGAAACUGCGUUCCCUUCCGGAGAACACCUUUGGUCGGGCUUAUGUGGGGUGGCUUGACACUUGCAAGAUCACACCUGACUCUCGAGAGCCCGUACGCUAUAUCAAUGACCCAGAGCUGGCAUACGUCAUGCAACGAUAUCGCGAGACGCACGACCUCUAUCAUGCCCUCUUUGGAUUCAAAGUCUACGCGCUUCCCGAACUUGCGCUCAAAGCCUUCGAGUUUACAAAUUUAGGCUUCCCCAUGACUGCAUUGUCCCUAGGAGCCUCAAUAAGACUUAAGUCAAGUCAACGGGCUCGGCUUUGGUCAGAAUUUGUCCCUUGGGCGGUGAGAUGCGGGAGUCAUGCGAGGUGCUUGCUCGCAGUAUACUGGGAAGAGAGGUGGGCACAGGAUCUCGACGAAAUGAAGAAGGAAUUCGGUGUCUGGGAUCCACCUGCAGGAAUUACCAUCCCACGUUCACCCUGACAUAUAGAAGUAUUUGGCAAUUAAUGUCUUUCCUUUUCGUAGAUGUACGUUCCCCAAUAUCCCCUCGGGGUCUAUCUGCCUUGUACGCCCAAUCAAUGUUCGCUUCCAUCACACGGUAGAUUAUGGACGACUGGUUGCCGGCGAGCAUAUCUCGCACUGCCCUAGUUAUCACCUAAGUUGAACGCCGAGGGCAAGUACACACAUACAUAUUACCUAUGUAGCUUAGAGUAAGACUCCCGCAGCUUUGCUACAGUAAGUCCACCCCACCGUCAAGCUUCACCACAAUAGCGGAAGAUGCAGCGCAGCGCAUCAUUACUCAUACCACGAAUUUGCUUGCAAGGGGGUUCUGUCGAUGUUGACCAUCGGCAUCGGUCUGACACUCCCACAAA